AUGGAAGGGGUACAGGCGUCGGCAAGGGAGGUUUGGACUACUAUAAAGGUAUGGCUUAGGAACAUAUCUUCACUUUUGAUUCAGCGUUGGGAGAUUUCGUCUACUGACACUAACAUUCUAAGGGCUCUUGAGGUGCCUUUUAGUAACAUCUUGAGAAGGUUGUCGCGGUUAAUUAGCUGGAAGAAACCAACUAUUGGUUGGGUAAAACUGAACGUCGAUGGUAGUUGCCGUGGUAAUCCGGGUAAUUGUGGUGGAGGUGGUCUCAUUCGAGAUUCGCUUGGGAAUUUUAAGGCGGCCUUUUCUUCUCAUUUUGUUCAUGGGACCAAUAAUGAAGGUGAACUUCGUGCCUUAAUUGAGGGAGUGGGUGUUUGUAAGGAGAUGGGCUUUACGAAUAUAACGCUAGAAUGCGAUUCCAGUUUGGUGGUUAAUUGGUUAAAAUGUCAAAGGUGUUCAAUGUGGUACUUAUGGGAUUACUGGGAUGAGUUGUUAGAUAAUCUACAAGGAUUACAAUUUACCAUCGAGCAUCAAUUUCAAGAAGGGAAUUAUCCGACAGACGCCUUGGCCUGUUCAGCCAUUUAG